AUGAAGUUCCUCGCCAUUGCAUCGCUGGCCAUGGCCUCGUUGGCCGCGGGCCAGAGCCUCGCCGAUCUGCCCAGCUGCUCGCUUGGCUGCCUCAACGACGCUGUGAAACAGGGCACGAGCUGCUCGGCGACGGAUUUGCCUUGCAUCUGCAACAAGUUCGAUGUCAUCCAGGGCGCCGCUGCGGGCUGUAUUCUCAGCGCUUGCGGCCAGGACGUCGCUCUCAACGAGGUCCUUCCUGCAACGCAAAAGCUUUGUGCCAACGCCGGCAGCGGCAGCAACACCGACACGUCUGCGCCCACGCCGACGAAACGGCCAGGCCAAACUGCUACUGUCGCGCCUGUGCCUCCUCCCGCGACCACGGUAGAGCCGGUCUCGCCUCCUCCUACCGUCACCGGCGGAGCCACUGGCUUUGCGCCCAUGGGAGGAUUGGCCAUGUUGGCAGUCGCGGCGUUGGCUCUGUGA